GGAAGGAGAAGGAAUCGAGGAUCCUCUAGCGAUGUUGCCGUGCCGGCAGAGCAUUCUCAACAGGCGGCCUCGAUCGGCCAUCGCCUACGCCAAGAAUGAAGAGAAUAUCGACAAGGAGUAUCACGAUCAGUUGGAGCUCCUCAAGAUCCAGCAGGAGAAGUAUUACAUGAAGGAGGCGGAGGUGAAGCAGCGGGUUUCGCCAAACCGGGACGAGACAAGGAGGCGUCAGCAGGAGCUCAAAGGUUGCAUGGAAGAGCAACUUAAGAUCAAAGAGUCCGAGAGGAUCCGGAGAGCCCACGAAGAUCACGACUUGAAUUGCUACAACGAGUACCUAAGCAAAUUUGCUCCACAUUCUCUAAACCAUGACAUGGGACGAAUCCAACAUAAGAAAGACUACCUCAAACAGCUUAUGGAGGACAACAUACGGGUUGCUGAAAUGAAAAGGGAGUUAGAAAAGAAGGAAAAACAACGAGAAAUAGAGCUAGAUCAUAUCAGAGCCAAAACACCUUGUUGCUGGAAUCGGCGUCAUUACAUAUAACUCGCAAAACGCUGGCCAGA